UGAUUUCGGAAUCGUAGAAUUAUCAUCGAGUGUUUAAACACAACCAUAGUUAUUUUUAUAAUUUUCAAAUAUUUUUUAUGAAUUUCAAAAUGUUCAAAUUGUUGAUAGUUUGUGUUAUGACGUCCAUGGCUUCAGCCAAACCUGGUGGCUUAGGAUUAGGAUAUGGAGGCUACAGUGGACUUGGCCAUUACGGAGUCUUGCCAGCCGCUACCAGUUAUAGUUCCAGUGUUGUUCACCAUACACCUGUGGUCGCUAAAACCUACGUUGCACCAGUGGUCUCUAAAGCCUACGUUGCACCAGUGGUCAGCUACAGUGCCCCAUUAGUUACCUCCUAUGGAUUGGGUCACGGAUACGGAGGAUUGAGUCACGGAUACGGAGGAUUGAGCCAUGGAUACGGACAUGGUUUAGGAUAUGGUUAUGGUCUAGGACAUGGUUAUGGUUUAGGACACGGUUAUAGUCUAGGACACAGCUACGCAGGUUUGGGUCAUGGUUACUCUUUAGGAGGGUAUGGACAUGGGUGGUAACUGCUCCAAAACAAGUACAACAUUUUCAUUUAUCCUGCUCAUGUGUUCAUUUUUGUAAAUUGUAUAGAACAUUAAAAUAAAUUAUUUUAUAUUUGUACAUACCCAA